AUGGCCAAUCCCACGGGUCUCAUGCGCUCAGCACCGGCGCUGCGCCUCCUCCUCCCGCGCACCGACGCCCGCAUCCCGAGAAGCUCUCCCGCACUCCUCCUCCACCACCCGGCCCACCAACGACUCCAGACCCGACCCACCGCCGCCGCAUCCGCGUCGCUACACACCCAACCGGCGCGACGCCGGCGACACCACCGCGCGACGGGGCCGGACGGCGAGCCCGUCCCCGACGCGCCGCCGGAGACGGACUUUGAGCGCCUGGACGUGCUGGGCGCGACGCCCGUGCCGGCGACGAGCGUCGACGCCUGCCUACCCGACGGGUUCAAGCUCAGCGGCGGGGUCAGCAUAUACGGCGGGUGCGGCGCGCUGCUCGUGGGCGGCGAGGCGUUUGCGUGGCAGCCAUGGCUAGGAGGGGCGGCGGGUGCGGCGGCGGGCGGCGGCGGUGCGGGGCCACGGCUGCUCAACGAGAGGGGCCAGUGGGAGGUGCCCGAGGAGGCGUUUGGGCUGCUCGGACUGGUUUGGCCGAGACCUGACCUUCUCAUUCUCGGCCUCGGGCCAGAGAUGCGGCCGCUGAGCCCGGCGACGAGGAAGCACAUUAGCAGCCUGGGGAUGCGGGUCGACGUGCUCGACACGAGGAAUGCUGCGUCGCAGUUCAACCUGCUGGCAACGGAGAGGGGAGUUGCAGAUGUUGCGGCGGCGCUGAUACCGAUAGGGUGGAAAGAAGGCGUUGGAGCGAGGUGA